AUGGACAAAGCUGUAACCUUCUUCAUAUUUUGUCCUUUUAUCUACAUUGCGUCAUCAGAUUCUUUGGUGGACUGUGAAUUCGAUAGAGAUUUCUGUUAUUGGAAUAGUUUGGAAAAAGAUUACGACUUUCUACAGAUUGAUACAGCAUUUUGUGGAUUUGGUGGAGAGAUUAAAAAAUGUCGUUCUACAAACUUUAUAGCCGGCGCAAGACACUGGCAGAUAGCCAGUCUCACAAAUAACAGUCUAUUACUAAAGAAUAUUCCACGAGAUCUGAGAGACAAAGCCAAAAAAGUUGCAUACAGUGACAACACGCACUCCCACCAGCAUAUCACUACCCCAUUCCAACAAGACUUUACAAUGAGUCUGUUGUAUUCACCGAUUAUUUCUGCCUCCUUUUUGCCUCGCUGUUUGAAGUAUAGAUACCUGUUGACCGGAAAAGCCCAUAUUUCGGUGUCAUAUUUGACAGCCUCUGAUGAUAUCUACUCAGGCACUCCACUGAUUGCGCAUGCGCCUCUUGACAUUUACAAUUUCACCUACGGGUUUAUCAAUUUGCCAUUUAUCAAUGAUAUCAGGAUGUGUGAUGAAAACAUGGACUGUUCUGAUGGAUCAGACGAAACAUUCUGCUAUGAUGCCAGUUUACUGACACCAAAUCUGAACUGUAGUAGUAUUUCCUUUCCAACAAAAAAGACGACAGAGUUUGAUGACAACAGAGAGAAAGAUAAAAAUGAUACCAUCCCAGAACUGAAUACAUUUUCCACAAAAUGCAAUUUGAACAUUUCUGAACCACAGGAGAGAUUGAAGUUUACAGUUAAGGUUCAAGGUAAUGGUUUUACUAAUGUGACCGUGAAUGACUCAGUGUCUAUCAGGAAAACAAAUAUAUCAGCCCUCUUUAUCAGCUAUGACGAUUGUGCUCAACUUAUCAAUUCCUCUGUAAAGAAUCUUUAUAAAGUCUGUACACUGGACGUUGUGACAAAGAAUAUUUCCCCGUUUCUACACAAUUUCACAAAAUGUGGUGAGCUUGAUAACAAGAAUACUUCAUCUGAUGCAGUCAUAAGUACAAAAUGUGGAAACACUUAUGCAUCCAUGAACUGCAGUCAACAGACUACAGAAGAUUCUUUCCCGUGUUACAGAUUUUGUCCAUCUGGAUGUAACUGUUCAGAAGAAAGCAAUACUUGUGUCAAACAGGAUUGUCCUGCUUUAGCCCAGAGGAUCUUUUUAAAGGGUGUUGAAUGUGACAGAGUUGAUGCAUCUACAUUUAAAACUAAGCAUAUUUUUCAACUUGAAAUAUUAAAUGCAGUCAUCAGGAGCUUAGAAAUUAGAGCAGUUGGGAACAUCUCAUUGCAUAGUAUCGUAAUUAAAGACAGUUCUAUCGGUCACAUAGAUAUAAGUCAAGAACCCUCUACGUUGAAGUCAAUUUACAUAUUCAAUACUUCAUUAUCUUCUUUUGAGGGUACUUAUUUUUCAGCCACAGGAAUGAUAUAUGAAUAUACAACGUUUUCAUACUUUUCACUUGGAAUAAAGAAAUUAGAUAGACACCUACCACAGCACCUUGUUCGAGCGGUUAUACGAUUACAACCUAGAAUACUUGACAUAUCUGGAAAUAGCUUUGAAAACAUGUUACCUUUGUUCCUUGCUGGGUUUGAUGACAUUGUGAAUAUAAGUCAUAAUAAAUUGAUGAACGCAGCAGAAAUAAGUAGCAGGGUUGUGGACCUAUCUUACAAUGUUCUUGCGGCUUAUUCACACUCUUACAGCAGUGUAGAGGUCCUAUACCUCAACAACAAUCGUCUCCAGUCGGCCUGGAGAGCCUCGUAUCUUCCAGAUCAGGACGACAACCUACGGACAGUGGAUUUAUCAUACAAUUAUAUAACAGUCAUCCACGAGGGAGACUUACUAUCAAGUAACCUUAUCUAUCUGAAUCUGUCUAGAAACCUCAUCCAUACCGUCGAGGCAAGAGCUUUUUCCUCCACCACAUCUCUAAUCACUCUAGAUUUGUCGUACAAUGAGAUCUCUCAAAUCAUUGACGGAACCUUUUCGCCACUGGGAGAUUUAAAAGAACUUUUUUUGCAAGGAAAUCCCUUUCAAGUUGUCGAUGGGAUGUUUACAGGUCUUUAUAAUCUGCAAAUGAUACAAGUGAGGCAUUAUACGAUUUGUUGUGCAAAACCAAACAGCAAAUAUAAAGUAAACUGCAUUACACCUGGGAAUGAAAUUUCUUCAUGUGAAAAUUUGAUCGCAGCGCCUGUUCUUAAUGUAGCUAUAUGGUACAUAGCCUUAAUAGCAGUUUUUGGAAAUGUGCUUGUGCUUAUUUAUCACUUAAUUAACCUUAAAAACAAAAGAGCAGGGGUGAACAGCAUUUUAAUGAUUGGUUUAAGUUUUGCAGAUCUUCUGAUGGGCAUCUACUUGUAUGUCAUCGCUAUUACGAAUCUGCAUUACACUGGACAAUAUGGUCUGAAGGAUCAUGGUUGGAGGCAUAGUUUAAUUUGUAUUGUUUCAGGAAUAAUAGCCACACUUUCAAGCGAGGCAUCUGUAUUUAUUGUUCUCCUAAUUACUCUUGAGAGAUACAUUGUUGUCAAAUAUCCCCACUCAGAAUAUAAAUUUACCAGAAAAAGCACAAUACUUUUCUUGAUCAUUUCAUGGACACUGUCUCUCCUAUUGGCUUUGAUACCAUUACUACCCGACACUGAUCUAGAAAGUUUCUACACACAGUCAGGUGUAUGUAUUUCACUCCCUCUCUCUGUUGUCAAAAAGUCUGGAUGGAUGUAUUCCAUGGUUGUAUUUGUGGGUAUCAACUUUCUUCUUUUUCUUGGUAUCAUUGUUGGACAGGUCAUCAUUUUUGUGACGGUAAAUAGUGCAAAUGAAGAUGUUCAUUUGAUGAAAAUUAGACAAAAGGAAACAUCGCUGACUUUGUCAUUGUUUGUGGUCGUUAUCACCGAUAUGUUAUGUUGGACAGCAAUAGGAGUUACAGGGAUUUUAACAUAUCUGAAGAUUGAAGUACAGGCAGAAAUGUAUGGCUGGGUGUCCUUGGUUGUUUUUCCCAUUAAUUCGGCCUUGCAUCCCAUUUUCUAUUCUUUUGCUGAGAGCAUAAGGAAUAAGAAAAACAAAGAUGAAAAGGUAGCACAACUUAAAAAGCAGCUGUUUCAGUUAAAAUCGAGACCAGAGGGCGGUAAACAGAAGGCUGUCAGUGCUGUUACAAACAAGGUCAAAUAACCGCCGACAUCAGGUUACUCCGUCAGUAAAUUAAAGUCAAAGAUGCUUAAUGAUUAUAUAUGUUAGCUUGAAAUCUAGAGCAUUUUUUUCUUGUUCUAUAUUCUACUUUUAAA